AUGCCCCGCCCCUCACCACGCCUCAUGUCCCCGCCUUUGCCCCGGCGCCUUUUAUACCCCGCCCCCUUGCCGCGCCGCCCCCUGUGCCCAGUCCUCGCUCCGCCGACUGAGCUCCAACCCGGGGCCCGACUCUGGGCCCUCCGCCUCCCUCGCCACGCCUUUCCCCGCGGUUCGCGGCGCCCGGGUCCUGAUUCUACUUCCGCCUCGGAGGACUUUGGAGCCCGACGUUUCCGGGAGCGCCGCGUGGAGUUAGUGUUGACAGCUUUUGGCAUGGCGGCGUGUUCUGGUCCGGCUGCGCCAAUCUUGUCGCUUAACCCGCAAGAAGAUGUCGAGUAUCAAAAGGAGGUGGCGCAGGUUCGCAAGCGCGUAACCCAGCGAAAAAAACGAGAACUUACUCCUGGAGUCGUCUAUGUGCGCCACCUGCCUAACCUACUUGACGAAACCCAGAUCUUUUCCUAUUUCUCCCAGUUUGGCACUGUGACACGGUUCCGACUGUCCAGAAGUAAAAGGGUAAGAUUUCUGUAGUUGCAUUUGAUGUUUUGUUUUUCAAAUGUGUAUUAUCUUUGACAUUAAAGAGCACUUUCACUUA